UUAAUUCAAUCGUCCGUGGUGGAAGCAUUAUAGAACCCUUUUGCCAUAUAACCUUUCUAUUGUUUGCUGGAUAUAAUAAGCAUUAAAACCAAUCUUACAAUGGCUGAAAUUAACCCAUUUAAACGUCCAAUGAAUGCCUUACAAAAGCAAUGGUAUCGAGUCCUGAUUGCACGUAAGGUCGGUGCAGCAGCCCAACAACUUAAGCCUCGCAACAAAGACCAAUCUUAUCAAAGCGUCUGCUACCAAAGAUACAAGAACGCCUUUCGCAUUUAUAACCAACAAUUCAAUAAUGAAAUCGAAAAACUGGAAGCCAUGCAGCCAAGGGCUAUCGACGCCAUGCGAUUGCACAGGAGUUUCGCCAUCACAACCCUUUGGCUGCCACUACACUCGAAGAGGGAGAUAAACCUGACGCUGGAGCAACUGGAAAAGGUUUUGAGUGUCAAAGAGAGACGCAGACUGGAGCAAAUCCUCGCCCGGACAACAAAGAGAAUUUAAAUUACUCAAGGACUACGAGUAGUAUACCAACCCGACCCGGAAUGCUAUUAUGUAUAGGUGUAGGUAUAGCUUUAGCUUAUGGCCUGAUGCCUGAUGGGUCUCUGCUCUGGAAUCCUUAGCCAUCAUCAUAGCCCCAUCGUAGUACCUAGAUGUGCUGUUCAGCCCCGCAGCGUGAUAUUUAUACUUUUGGCUAAAAACGUGGCCAGAAUGAAAAAUGUAGGUUGCUAGGUUGUAUAGUCGUCGGUCACCGCUCGUCGCUCUUAGCUUGUCCUGGUAUAGUUGAUGAAGCUCGAGGAUUCUUCCAUGCACAGGCACAUUGUUUUUGUUUUUGUUUUUGUUGUUGUUUUUUGUUUUCUUCUAUUUUUAUUUGUUGUUGUUCAUGUUUUAUGUUGGUUUUCUGUUCGACCCCUUUAUUUUCGUAUCCUUUUGUUUUUUUUUGUGUGUUUUCAUUUUGCGUUGAAAGCGAAAUUGUUGUGUUCACCUCCUUCUGGGAACAAACAAUGUGCAAAGGACAUAAAGUUCUAUUCUACCAAAACCAAAAGAGAGAGAGAUGAACAUGUAGCGCCUUAAUUAAGAAACCCGUUCGGUUCUUUAUGUGAAAGAGCUCACGACAUACAUUCCUUUGACUUUGUAUGUCCUUCCUAUGUACAAUUAUUUUAUACCUACCUAUACCUAGCUAUAAGCCAACCCAACACCUUAUGAGCUACCUUACCUAACUGCUGCUACAGGUUGGCCAAGGUGUAGAUAGGUAUGAGAAUGCGAAAGAGUGUACAUUUUUUUCCCUAUGGGUGUCACUUACAAAAUCUCGGGCAUAAUUAAAAUUUCUUCUUUUUUUUGGUGUGUUGCUUUUAAUCACCAGUGACAGUGUCAGUAAUGGUAUAACAUGGGUGUAAAGAUUAAGAGAAAGUGUUACAAAAGGUCUAAAACGAGGAAAGUGGAAAAUUUCUACUUAACAGUUUUUUUUUCUUUUACUUCAAUAUAAGAUGUAAAGCGGUUGGGUACUUAAUCACAUGCAUACAUAGGUACAUGCGUUAGGUUAUAAUGAACAGGAAAAUGUCCUGUUAAAGAAAAUAUCAAGAACAUCUGUUGAGGGAAAGGGUUUAAGGACAGUUGCAGGAGCUUGAAAAUUAAAUUUUAAGUAGAAUAAGGCUGCAAAUUACAAGACUAUAUAGAACGUUACUUUUGUUCAUUGAAACUUAUCAAAAUUCAUUAAGAAGCACCUGAAAUAAAAUGUAAGCUACAAUAAUUAAUCUUCUAUAUUUCUCA